AUGGGCUUCGCUUUGGAGCGCUUCGCGGAAGCUGUGGACCCCGCUUUCCAUUGCCAGCUGUGCGGCCAGGUGCUGGAGGAGCCCGCGUGCACGCCUUGCGGGCACGUCUUCUGCGCCAACUGCCUGCUGCCCUGGGCGGCGCGGAGGCGCCGGUGCCCACUGCAGUGCCAGCCGCUGGAGCCGGGCGAGCUGUACCGGGUGCUGCCGCUGCGCAACCUGGUCCAGCAGCUGCGAGUGCAGUGCGACUACCGUGCACGGGGCUGCGGCCAACCGUGCGGCUGCGGGAGCUGGCGGCGCACGUCCAGAGCUGCGCCUUCGGCCCUGCCAGCGGCUGCGGCCGCCACUGCCCAGGCGGCUGCGGAGGCGGCGGGGAGGAAAGGCACCGGGCGACCACGACCCGCCCAAGUGGGGACAAACGUGAAGGGCCACCGGGGUCCGGAGGUCGGCCUCGGGCAGCCCCCUGCAGGCGUGAGGAAGACGCUGCAAACGCAGCUCGGCUUGCUGCAGCGCAGGUACCAGAAGUUGGCCUGGUCCAUGGCGCACACAGGCAACUUCGUGGGAGACCUAGGAGGCCGUCGCUGGGGUGGAGAACAGAAGUCAUUCACUGUUGUGUUAGAAAGAGAAGAUGAUACUCUGGGAUUCAACAUAAUAGGAGGCAGGCCAAACCAGAAUUGCCAGAAGCAAUCAGCAGCUGAAGGAAUUUAUGUUUCAAAAAUUUUAGAAAAUGGACCUGCGGACAGAGCGGAUGGCCUGGAGGUUCACGACAAAAUCAUUGAGGUCAAUGGCAAGGAUCUGUCAAAGGCCACCCAUGAGGAGGCAGUGGAAGCAUUUCGAACCGCCAAGGAGCCCAUCGUGGUGCAGGUGUUAAGGCGGACUCCCCUCAGCCGACCUACAUUCGGCAUGGUCCCGGAAGUACAGCUCAUGAAUGCCAGCACACAGACAGACAUCACGUUUGAACACAUCAUGGCCCUGGCCAAGCUCCGCCCCCUCACCCCUCCAGUGCCAGACACCUGUCCAUUUCUGCUUUCAGACAGCUGCCAUUCUCUCCAUCCGAUGGAGCACGGAUUUUAUGAAGACAAUGAGUAUGUUUCCAGCUUGCCCGCUGAUGCAGACAGAGCAGAAGACUUCGAAUAUGAGGAGGUCGAGCUGUGUCGUGUUAGCAGUCAAGAGAAGCUGGGUCUGACAGUCUGCUACCGAACCGAUGAUGAGGAAGACACAGGCAUCUAUGUCAGCGAGGUUGACCCAAAUAGUAUCGCUGCCAGGGAUGGACGGAUUCGAGAAGGGGAUCGUAUUUUACAAAUAAAUGGGGAAGACAUUCAGAACCGGGAAGAGGCCGUGGCUCUGCUGUCUAGCGAGGAGUGUAAGAGAAUCGUGCUACUCGUCGCCCGGCCCGACAUGCAGCUGGAUGAAGGCUGGCUGGAAGAUGAAAGGAAUGAAUUCUUAGAGGAGUUAAACUCAGAGAUGCUAGAGGAAGAACAUAAUGAAGGAGCCCAGCGCACAGCCAAUGAGCUGCAGCAGCCAAAGAAGCAGGAAGAAGAGGAAGGCACAACAGACACGGCGACAUCUUCUUCCAACAACCAGGAGAAGGACAGUGGAGUGGGACGCACCGACGAGAGCUUACGGAACGACGAGAGCUCGGAGCAGGAGAAUGCGGUCGAGGGCCCCCACAGCACAUCUCUGAAGAGCAAGAGAGAGCUGGGGCAGAGCCAAGACACCCUAGGAAGCCUCGAGCUUCAGUGUCACGAGAGCUUUGCUGGUGGAGAGUGCCUGGACUCGGACUGCGCCAGCAACCAUGAGGUAUGUGAAGGGUUCCAGCAGCUGUUGGAGCUGAAGAUUCGAACCCACGGAGACUAUGACCUGUACUACUCAAGCAGCACAAUUGAAUGCAACCAGGGGCAGCAGGAUGGGGUGGAGCAUGAGCUGCAGCUGCUUAACGAAGAGCUGAGAAACAUCGAGCUGGAGUGUCAGAAUAUCAUGCAGGCUCACAGGCUCCAGAAAGUGACGGACCAAUACGGAGACAUCUGGGCACUGCAUGACGGAGGAUUCCGAAAUUACAACACCAGCCUGGAUACGCCAAGGGGGAAACUGGAUGACAUCAUGGAGCAUCCGGAGAAGUCAGACAAGGACAGCUCAAGUGCGUACAACACAGCCGAGAGCUGCAGAAGCACGCCACUGACUAUAGACCGAUCCCCUGACAGCUCCCUUCCAAGAAUGAUCAACCUUGCCAAUAAGAAAAACCUAAGAAGCACAAUGACAGCCCAUCAGUCCCCCUCCAGACCGAGCACCAAGGAAUACACAUCUCCCAACGUCAAAACCACCGACGAAGGUUGCAGUAUUGAAAGCCUGGAGAAGAGUCUAGAAAACCACCAGCUUCCGGAUCAGGAGAACACAGUCAAUGAGCGCACUCCAUACCUCUCUCCCUACCACAGCUCCGCCUACAGAUACGCCAACAUCCCGGCACAUGCCCGGCACUAUCAAAGCUACAUGCAGUUAAUUCAGCAGAAAUCUGCCGUGGAGUACGCCCAGAGUCAGCUCAGUUUGGUGAGCAUGUGUAAGGAAUCGCAAAAGGGCUCAGAGCCCAAGAUGGAGUGGAAGGUAAAAAUUCGGAGUGACGGGACUCGGUACAUAACCAAGAGACCAGUGCGAGACCGAAUUCUGAAGGAACGUGCCUUAAAAAUCAAGGAGGAGCGGAGUGGCAUGACCACCGAUGAUGACACCAUGAGUGAGAUGAAAAUGGGGCGCUACUGGAGCAAGGAGGAGAGAAAGCAGCAUCUGGUGCGGGCCAAGGAGCAGCGCCGGCGCCGGGAGUUCAUGAUGCGGAGCCGGCUGGAGUGUCUCAAGGAGAGCCCGCAGAGCAGCGGCGAGGGCAAGAAGGAGCUGAGCAUCAUUGAACUGAGCCACAAAAAGAUGAUGAAAAAGCGAAACAAGAAAAUUUUGGAUAACUGGAUGACAAUCCAAGAACUGAUGACCCAUGGAGCCAAGUCUCCCGAUGGCACGAGAGUCCAUAAUGCCUUUCUGUCGGUGACCACCGUAUGACCAGGCGAAUGGGACAAGCGGCUCGGAGCGCAUGCUACCUGUUUCGGUAGAGUACGAUUGCCUCGUUCAAAGUGGCAUUUUUAUAUAUAUUUUGUGACUUUACAGUUUAAAUUUUUUGUAAGCAAAAAUACCUGGUACUUUUUAAUUUGUUUUUCAUAUGCUGGUACCGUCUUUGGCUAAAGUCUUUCCUUAACUUGUGAUAUAUU